GCGCCCCGCCUAGCGCUGUUUUCACCCCGCCUCCCUCGCCCGCCCGCCAGGUUGCUGCGGGGUGACACGGGGCUUCGGGUUGGUUAAGGGGGCGAGGGAGGCGAGUUAGACGUCGGCUUGAGGCGGCGGCGCAACUCCCCCCCCCAACGUGAGCGCGAUUUAUUUAAUUGCACAAUUCCCACUGAUGAAGUUAAGUUGGAGUAACUGCUGAAACUGAGUUUUAUUGACCAGAAGACAGUCUAUUUGUUUCACUUCUUUUUGUUUUUCCUACUGCUUUGAGCUUUACUGUAAACGGCUGAAAAACUUGGAAAAUAAAAUGAACAUGCUAUGGUCUUGAACAUAAUUUUUUUUUUUUGGAUGAAAAAUUAAAGUUCCACAGUGAAAGCCAGAAUGGCAUCCAGGGAGAGGCUGUUUGAACUUUGGAUGCUUUAUUGUACAAAGAAAGAUCCAGAUUACCUGAAGCUGUGGUUGGACAAUUUUGUUUCUAGCUAUGAACAGUUCUUAGAUGUUGACUUUGAAAAGCUGCCUACCAGGGUAGAUGAUGUCCCUCCAGGAAUAUCUCUGCUUCCUGACAAUAUUCUGCAGGUUCUGAGGAUCCAGCUACUACACUGUGUUCAGAAAAUGGCAGAUGGGUUAGAGGAACAGCAACAAGCCUUGUCAAUUUUGCUUGUCAAGUUCUUCAUUAUUCUUUGCAGAAAUCUAUCUAAUGUGGAAGAAAUUGGACCUUGCUCUUACAUUAAUCAUGUCAUCACUAUGACAACACUCUAUAUUCAGCAAUUAAAAAGCAAAAAAAAAGAGAAGGAAUUGGCAGAUCAGACAUCUAUUGAAGAAUUUGUGAUCCACGCAUUGGCAUUUUGUGAAAGCUUAUAUGAUCCGUAUCGGAAUUGGAGACAUAGAAUUUCAGGACGAAUCCUUAGUACGGUGGAAAAAAGCAGACAGAAAUACAAACCAGCUUCUCUCACCGUGGAGUUCGUCCCUUUCUUUUAUCAGUGUUUUCAGGAAAGUGAACAUCUCAAGGAAAGCCUUAAGUGUUGCUUAUUGCAUCUCUUUGGAGCCAUUAUAGCCGGUGGGCAGAGGAAUGCUUUGCAAGCAAUUUCGCCAGCCACCAUGGAAGUUCUUAUGAGAGUUUUGGCAGACUGUGAUUCCUGGGAAGACGGAAAUCCUGAAGAAGUGGGUAGGAAGGUAGAACUUACUCUGAAGUGCCUUACAGAAGUGGUACAUAUCCUUCUCACUAGCAGCUCUGACCAGCGUCAAGUGGAAACCAGCACUAUUCUGGAGAACUAUUUUAAAUUACUAAAUUCAGAUCAUUCAGCUGUACCUAAUCAAAGGAGAUCCAGAAAGUGGGAAAGCCGGUUCAUAAAUCUUCAGAUCAAAAUGCUGAAUACCAUCACAGCCAUGUUAGACUGCACAGAUAGGCCUGUUCUUCAGGCCAUUUUUCUUAACAGUAAUUGUUUUGAACAUCUCAUACGACUGCUACAGAAUUGCAAGCUAUUUUUAAAUGCUAACAAUAAGGUGGCAGACAAGAACGAGAAAGACCUUGCCAACAAAUUACUGACAGAAAUGAAUGAGGACCAGGUGUUUCAGGGACAGUUGGAUUGUUUGGCUGUAUCAACCAUUCAGGCUCUGACAGCAGUAAUGAACAAAUCUCCAGCUGCUAAGGAAGUAUUUAAAGAAAGAAUUGGUUAUACACAUAUGUUUGAAGUAUUAAAAUCCCUGGGUCAGCCAUCACUGGAACUACUUAAAGAACUUAUGAAUAUGGCUGUAGAGGGUGACCACACUUCAGUUGGGAUUUUAGGCAUUAGCAAUGUCCAGCCUCUCUUGCUUCUUAUCCAGUGGCUUCCAGAGCUAGAAUCCCAUGACCUGCAGAUCUUCAUCUCUGAUUGGCUGAAAAGAAUUUGUUGCAUUAAUAGGCAGAGUCGAACUGUUUGUGUCAAUGCAAACAUGGGAAUUAGAAUCAUUGAAACCCUUGAUUCUCAUUCUUCUCUUCAUCGAACUUGUGCUGAGAACCUGAUUGCACUGCAUGGUUCCUUGGGGAGUCAGUCAGUGAGCUCGGAAGAAAUCCGUCGACUACUAAGACUACUGAGAGUGGAUGAAUCUGAGUGUAUUCACCCUUAUACAACUCCUGUGACUCGAGCAAUCCUGACCAUGGCCCGAAAACAAAGUUUAGAGAGUGCACUGCAGUAUUUCAAUUUGUCACAUAGUAUGGCAGGAAUUUCUGUGCCUUCUAUACAGAAAUGGCCAGGGUCUGCCUUUUCUUUCAAUGCUUGGUUUUGCUUAGAUCAGGAUCAGAUGACUCUUGGCAGUGCUAACAAAGGAGGAAAAAGAAAACAGUUGUACAGUUUUUUUACAGGAAGUGGCAUGGGUUUUGAAGCUUUUAUUACCCAUUCAGGUAUGUUGGUUGUGGCAGUAUGCACGAAAAGAGAGUAUGCAACGGUUAUGCUUCCUGACCACAGUUUCUGUGAUUCCCUCUGGCACAACGUAACCAUUGUUCACAUGCCUGGAAAAAGGCCCUUUGGUCAGAGCCUUGUCUAUAUUUAUGACAAUGGACAGCAGAAGGUCUCCGCCCCUCUCAGAUUUCCUGCCAUGAAUGAACCUUUUAUUUCUUGCUGUAUUGGUUCAGCUGGGCAAAGAACCACCACUCCCCCACCAUCCCAGAUCCCAGAUCCACCUUUUUCUUCUCCCAUUACUCCUCAUCGAACAUCAUUUGGUGGAAUUCUGUCAUCAGCCUCCUGGGGAGGAACAAUUGAAAACUCAAAAUUGAUUACCAAAUUGAUAUCAGCAGGAACCCAAGACAGUGAAUGGGGAUGUCCCACAUCUCUGGAGGGUCAGCUAGGUUCUGUUAUUAUCUUCUAUGAGGCACUACAGCCUUCUCAAGUGAAGUCAUUAUAUUUGGCAGGUCCAAACUGUUUAAGCCCUUGGAAAUUUCAAGAGUCUGACAUGGCUGACCUACCUGGUAAUGUCCUUCUUCACUACACUGCAAAGGCUUGCAAAAAUUCAAUCUGUCUUGAUUUAUCUACUAAUUGUUUGCAUGGACGGUUAACAGGAAACAAAGUAGUGAACUGGGACAUUAAGGACAUCAUAAACUGCAUAGGUGGAUUGAAUGCACUCUUUCCUCUAUUGGAACAAAUCAGCCACUUCAGUGAAGGACAGAUUCCUGAAGGAAUGAAUGAAAGAACAGUUUCUGAAUCGAUGACACCUGUAGAAGGAGAUUGGGUCUUACUGACCUCCACAAAGGCAUCAGAGUCAAGACUAGAGAGAAAUUUAGUUGCGACAUUUAUAUUGAUUAUGAAACACUUUAUUCAAAGACAUCCUAUUAACCAGGACAAUCUUAUUCACUCCCAUGGAGUUUCCACUCUUGGUGCCUUACUUCAGAAGGUGCCAAGCACCUUGAUGGAUGUUAAUGUAUUGAUGGCAAUUCAAUUACUAAUUGAACAAGUAUCAUUAGAGAAGAAUAUGCAGCUCCUACAACAAAUGUAUCAGUAUUUACUCUUUGACUUUCGUAUUUGGAACCGUGGAGAUUUUCCCUUUCGAAUCGGUCAUAUACAGUAUCUUUCCACCAUCAUCAGAGACAGCAGGAGAGUUUUCCGAAAGAAGUAUGGUGUGCAGUUUCUCCUAGAUGUGCUUAGGAUUUAUUAUGGGAGUGAUUGUAAAUAUAGUGAGCUGUCUGUAGAUGAUAUUCGAACAAUAAGGACUUCCUUGUAUGGACUAAUUAAAUAUUUUCUGUGCAAAGGUGGAACUCAUGAAGAGAUACAAAGUAUUAUGGGUUUCAUAGCUGCUAUUAAUGAAGAAGAACAGCUCUUUGGAAUUUUGGAUAUACUCUUAAGUCUCCUACAUACCAGCCCAACUAGAGGUCAACUUUUCUUACUGCUGUUUGAACCAGGAAAUGCUGACAUACUGUAUGCCAUGCUCUUAAAUCAGAAGUAUUCUGACCAACUAAGAGAAAUCAUUUUUAAGGUUAUGGAACAAAUGUUGAAAUGCACGAAUGUCUAUGAACGAAGCAAACAACGUAUUCGACUCAGAGAAGUUGGCUACUCAGGGUUGGGACUCCUUAUCAGUGAAUCACCUGUUAAUACUUCUCUCAUUAAAAACCUCACCAAUCAAAUCAUAAAUACAGAUCCUGCUAUUAACUUCAAAGAUCUGUUAUCUGUGGUAUAUAUAUCUCACAGAACACAUAUAAAUGUCAGAGCAGUCAUCUGCAGAAAGAUUUUACAGAUUUUACAGUCCCAGCCAGAUGCAGCACAUCAAAUAUCUCAACAAGUGGGUUGGCAAGACACUUUAGUUAAGCUUUUUUUAAAAGUAGAUUUUGAAAAUGGAAAUACUGUUCAUAAGCACAAUAGGGCUGUCUUAGCGAAAGACAAUGAUAAAAAUAUAUCAGCUGAAGACACUAAGAGGAACUUCGAUGAAAAGACAGAUGAUGAAAAAAUCAACUCUUUUGCCUCAGCUAACGUGUCUUCAGAUCAGUGGAGCUUGGAGGACAGACACUCUCUAGAUUCAAACACACCAUUAUUUCAAGAAGAUAGCUCUGUGGGAGAAUUGUCUUUCAAAUCAGAGAAUCAAGAAGAAUUUUGGCACAAUAACCCUUCACAUUUGAGUUUAGAUCUGAGUGGAAUUGAUUCAUGUGAACUGAGUGAUAGUGGAACUCAAAUGCCAGACAGCUUGCCUAGCACGCCAUCCCCAAUAGAGUCUACUAAGCCAUUUUCUGUGCAGUCUGACAGAGAAAGCAGCAUCACAAGUGAUACAGGCUUUAGUGAUGACUUCUCUUUACUUGAAAGCCAAGAGAAAUGUGAGGAGGAUCUUCUUCAAUUGCUGACAGAUAUUUUGAACUAUAUAAUGUGUAAAGGACUAGAAAAGUCUGAUGAUGAUACCUGGAUUGAACGGGGACAAGUGUUUUCGGCACUAACUAAAUCAGGAACAUCCAGUGAGCUGCUUCGACCAUCAGAUGAGAUAAAACUAAUUUUGCUGCAGAAGAUGUUAGAAUGGGCAGUCACAGAAAACAGAGAAGCAAAAACUAAUCCAGUAACUGCUGAAAAUGCCUUCCGACUCAUGCUGAUCAUACAGGACUUUCUGCAGUCAGAGGGACUAGUUAAUUCAAACAUGUGGACUGAGAAGCUUUUAGAGGAUAUGAUGAUGCUCCUUGACUGUCUGUCAGUUUGGUAUUCAGAAGAUGCAGUAUGGGUAAAACUCUCUCAAAUUCAAAUCCAGUUGCUUCUAGGAUUUAUUGGAAGGGGUAAUUUGCAGGUUUGUGCAAUGGCAUCAGCUAAGCUCAACACCCUUCUUCAGACCAAAGUGAUUGAAAAUCAGCUGGAAGCAUGUUAUAUUUUAGGGAAGCUGGAACAUGUUCUAAGUCAAUCAAUCAAGGAACAGACAGAAAUCUAUUCAUUUCUGAUUCCCCUUGUCCGUACCGUGGUUUCCAAAAUUUAUGAGCUUCUUUUCAUGGCUUUGCACCUGCCUUCAUUACCUUUUACCAAUGGUAGCUCCUCAUUCUUUGAAGAUUUUCAAGAAUAUUGCAGCUCAAAUGAAUGGCAAGUUUACAUUGGAAAAUAUAUUGUACCUUAUAUGAAGCAGUAUGAAGCCCAUACAUUUUAUGAUGGUCAGGAGAACAUGGCACUUUAUUGGAAGGAUUGUUAUGAAGCCUUAAUGGUGAAUAUGCAUAAAAGAGACCGGGAAGGAGGAGAAAGCAAACUGAAGUUUCAGGAGUUUUUUGUGGAGCCCUUUAAUCGAAAAGCACGCCAAGAGAACUUGAGAUAUAAUAAUAUGCUUAAACAACUUAGCAGUCAACAGUUAGCUGCUCUGAGACGCUGGAAGGCAAUACAGCUUUAUCUUACAUGUGAAAGGGGACCUUGGGCUGAAAGGAAACAAAAUCUAAUUCACUGGAAACUAGCUAAUGUAGAAAAUUACUCCCGCAUGAGACUUAAAUUGGUGCCGAAUUAUAACUUCAAAACCCAUGAUGAAGCUAGUGCCUUGAGAGAUAAUCUAGGUGUCCAACACUCACAACCUUCCAGUGAUUCAUUGCUUUUGGAAGUAGUGAAACAAGUAAAAGUUAGUGAUAUGGAGGAGGAUAAAUUAGACCUUCCUGAAGAGGAAAUAACAGCCAGAGUAAAUAUGUAUGUAUAUGUUAGAAACAAAGUAUAUAGCAGACUAUUGUCACUUCAUUCUCCAAAUAGUUAUGGAACCAGAUCACCACAGGAGUUAUUCAAAGCAUCAGGAUUGACACAGAAAUGGGUGAACAGAGAGAUAUCAAAUUUUGACUACCUAAUUCAAAUAAAUACAAUGGCAGGACGAACCUAUAAUGACCUUGCACAAUAUCCUGUGUUUCCCUGGAUUUUACAAGAUUAUACUUCAGAAGAGUUGGAUUUUAAUAACCCGUCAGUAUUUCGAGAUCUUUCCAAACCAAUUGGGGUAGUUAAUGAUAAAAAUGCUAAAACUAUGAGAGAAAAAUAUGAAAAUUUUGAGGAUCCUAUGGGAAUUAUUGAUAAAUUCCACUAUGGUACUCACUAUUCAAAUUCUGCUGGGGUUAUGCACUAUCUUAUUCGUACAGAACCAUUUACCACCCUGCACAUCCAGCUUCAAAGUGGAAGGUUUGAUUGUGCAGAUCGACAGUUCCAUUCCAUCCCUGCUACGUGGCAGGCUCUCAUGGACAAUCCAAAUGAUGUGAAGGAACUUAUUCCCGAAUUCUUCUAUUUCCCAGAGUUUUUGGAAAAUCAAAAUCAAUUUAACUUAGGUCGUCUACAAGUUUCCAAAGAACUAGUAAAUGAUGUCAUUCUCCCCAAAUGGGCUAAGUCAGCUGAAGAUUUCAUCUAUAAACAUAGGAAAGCUCUGGAGUCUGAUUAUGUUUCUGCUCAUCUUCAUGAAUGGAUAGAUCUGAUUUUUGGCUAUAAACAGAGGGGACCAGCUGCAGUGGAGGCACUCAAUGUUUUCUAUUACUGUAGUUAUGAAGGGGAGCUCAUUAGGGACUCAGCAGCCAAGGUUUUUAUUGGCUGGUCAUAUCCUUACACUCUGCCUAGCAUAUGUCAAAAUUCCCGACUCUCAGAAGAAAAGCAGGGAAUUAGUGAUGGUACUCCACUAAUAAAGGCCAUUGUCCCCAAAAAUCAGUCUCGUUCUUUUAUGUCUCAAGGCAGUCCUGAGUUACUGGUAACAGUAAGCAUGAAUUAUGUUAUUGGAACACAUGGAUGGCUGCCUUAUGACAGAAACAUUUCUAAUUACUUUACAUUCAUCAAGGAUCAAACUGUGACAAAUCCAAAAACUCAGCGUAGUGUGAAUGGUCCUUUUGCUCCAGGGCUGGAGAUCACUUCUAAACUAUUUAUAGUAUCACAUGAUGCGAAGUUACUUUUCAGUGCUGGACACUGGGAUAAUAGCAUUCAAGUGAUGUCACUUACAAAAGGCAAAAUUAUUUCACACAAUAUCAGACAUAUGGAUAUUGUGACUUGUUUAGCUACUGAUUACUGUGGAAUACAUUUGAUUUCUGGUUCCAGAGAUACUACAUGUAUGAUAUGGCAAAUAACACAACAGGGAGGUGUUCCUGUGGGUUUAGCAUCUAAACCCUUUCAGAUUUUGUACGGGCACACUGAUGAGGUUAUGAGUGUCGGCAUCAGCACUGAGCUAGACAUGGCCAUAUCAGGAUCAAGGGAUGGCACUGUGAUUAUACAUACUAUUCAGAAAGGUCAGUACAUGAGGACUUUACGGCCACCUUGUGAGAGUUCUCUGCUUCUGACCAUUCCCAAUUUGGCUAUAUCUUGGGAAGGACAUAUUGUCAUCUACUCUAGCACUGAAGAAAAGACCACCCUCAAGGAUAAGAAUGCAUUGCAUCUGUUUUCUGUAAAUGGCAAGCAUCUAGGGUCUCAAGUCCUGAAGGAACAAGUGUCAGAUAUAUGUAUAAUUGGACAACAUAUUGUCAUGGGCAGUUUACAAGGAUUCCUGUCCAUAAGAGAUCUCCACAGUUUGAAUCUCAGCGUCAGCCCAUUAAUUAUGCGAUUGCCUAUCCACUGUGUUUGUGUAACCAAAGAAUACAGCCAUAUUCUUGUUGGAUUAGAAGAUGGCAAAUUGAUUGUAGUGGGUGUUGGCAAGCCAGCUGAGAUGCGUUCAGGUCAGCUUUCUCGAAAAUUAUGGGGAUCUAGCAAACGACUCAACCAGAUUUCAUCUGGAGAAACUGAAUAUAAUACUCAAGAUUCCAAGUGAUUGUUAUUUCCAUCUUUUGUCAUAGGUAACUGAAACUUGAUUUUUUACUUUGUCACUGUAACCACAUCUCUCAACUAUCUGAAAUAUUUCAGGGCUUUUAUCUCUGAAAAUCACUUUGGAUUACCAAAAUUUGAUAGGAUAUGUGUAUAAGGAUGUAAGUUGUAUUAUUAUUCACUUUAAAAAUUUCUGGCUAACAUUAUUGAAUCCAAUCUUAUUAACUAAUUCUUGGCCUAACUAAGAUGGAUUUGAGAAAAUGCAUUUAAUUAGAUUUAGUGGUCUGUUCCUAAUGACAUUAGACCCAUUUUUAAAAACAAACUUCUGAAAAUGAAGAAGUUAGAUUUAAUAUGCUUAUUAUUCUAAACAGCAAUAUUUAAGGUAUUUCUAAUAAAAGUACAAAUAAUAAGACAGUUGAGAGACAUGGCUUUUAAUACAUUCUUUAGUUAAUCAUUUUCCUAUGUACUGACCACCAUAUUAAAAAAUACAUCAAUUUAUUUGUGGAACUCCGAUUGGAGGAAAUAUUUUAGAGGUAUCUGUUGCAUACUUGGAUUUUCAAAACUCAAUAUAAAGUCCAAGUUUUCAUAAGUUGAAAAUAAGACUAUUAAAACUGACACAUCGUUUCAUUCCACUACUACUUAGCACAUUACUAAUGAGAAUUUAUUGAAAUGUAUUAUUAUUCUUAAAUAAUAAAGGUUGAGUAGGAAUAAAAGAAGGUAGAGAUACAUUUUGCAGAUGUAUUUUAUUAGUAGUACAAUUAAGGAAAAAUGCUAAUUAUGAUUUUGACAGCUGAGUUCUUUAAGUAGCAUUUACAGCACAAUUUAUAUCUGCAACAUUCGAAAUUUCUUGACUUUUUCUUUACUAAGCAAAUACUAUGUUUUCCCCAGGUAAUUAGAAGACUUAGCAAUGAUAUCCAAAUAUAUUAGGAUUUUAUGUAGGACUUCCAUGUGAUUGAUGAGUGAAUUGAAAAGAUAUGUGUAACUCAAACUAGUCAUUUAGAUAUAGUAAUUUUUCAAAAUAACACAUUUCUAUUUCAUGUUAUGUAUAACUUUUAGAAUUGCAAUUUUAUUAUACAUAUAGCUAAAUGUUACAUUAUAGUUUACUAUUCAAGAUUUUACAGUAAAAUGCUGGUAGAUUUAUUUUGGAAUUCAAAAGAUUGUUAAACCUAGUGCUUUUUGUGGUCAUCUUUUGAGUUAGGUCCUUAAUCUGAGAUUCCUUGGGCUUGGGGGAAUUUAUGAAUCUCCUGAAACUGUGUGAAAAUUUUGUGUGUUAACUGCAUUUUUUUCAGGAAUUAAUUGUUGCAUGACUUUCUUAAAGGGGUCUGUGAUCAGAAGAAAAAAAAAGACUUUUCACACUAAUAACUUCUUAAAAUAAUAUUUUCUUUUUCAUUCCACAAACGAUAGAUUUCCUUACAUCCAAUUAUCAUCUCAAUUGAAUCUUUGAGAAAUUUUUGCUUUGCAAUAUUUCUCUCCUUGUUGCUUACAGUAGCUAGUACCCUUUUCUUUAUAACCCUCCGAGUGAGUAAAAAAUUUUAUAACAAGUAAAGGAUUCUGUUUAGGGAAGCUUUUUGAAUAGAUUUGUUCUAUGUGAGUCAGGACUAAUAAAAGGUUACUCUAGCAGAAGUUUCAUCCCGAUUGUUUAGCACAAGUAGGGGGAAGCUUGUUCACAAUACAGUAGAUAUCCUACCUAGACUAGCAGUAGAUAUUCAGAGCAAUGGAAUUACACCUUAUAUUAGUUUGUCCAAAAAGUAAAAACCAAAAAUGUAGAACUUUGAGGAAAAUCUUUGAGAAUACUAGCAACAGUCUAGAGGAAUAGGCUAGUAGAACCAUUGGCCGAAUAAUAUAUUCCUCAUUUAAACAGUUUAGCCCACUGAAUUAAAAAUCACUAGAUAAAAUCAGUGGAAAGAUAUACUUGGGGGGAGUCUGGUAUAUUUAGAUGUUAUCCAUAGAAAUUAUUUCUGUAUUGUAUAAUGGGAGAUAUUAACAUCAUUAGAAUGGAAUAACAGGUGAACAUUGGAAUUAAUGACUAUAAUAUCUCAACUUGGCUAUUAUAAAGUCUUGUCUUUGCAGAACUUUUCAUCUGCUUUUGUUUCUUAACACUGGUGAUGAUGGAAGUAAAAAUCUCAGCAUCCUGGUGAUGAGAGAUUUAUGCGAAGAUGAUGAUUUUACUUUUUAGAGAGUGAGGUUAAGUAUGUAUACGUAAUGGUUGCACUCACUUAGAGACUAAAGAAGCUUUAUAAGGCUUUUUUCAACUCUCCCCAAUCAGUAUUCUGUCAUUACUUAGAUAAAAUUGGAGAAGAUAAAAUAUAUCAUUGCAUGAAAAUUAGGAAAGUAUAUGAAAAUGAAAUUUGGCCAGUUGGUUUAAAAUCUUUUAAGCUUGUGAAAUUCAUGUCAGCUAUGAAUAAGUUUCUAUCAGUUUUCUUUAAGUCAUAAUGCUAUUUUUAGGUUACACCCUUUUGUAGGAGAGAAAAUGCCAAGUAUUCAUUUGUCAUUAGCAAGGAAUAUCCAUGAGACUUAUUAUUUUUUUUUCAAUGUAAGGCAUAUAAAAAUUAUUCUUAAAGAACUGAUGUUGAAAAUCAGUUUUACGCUUCUGAAGGAAUAAGUGUGCCCUCAUAUUUAAUUAGAAUUUAGAUUUGAAAUUUGAAUUUUAAUUUAAGAUUUUUUAUAUUUUUCUUGAAUAGGAAUAGGCAGAUAAAUUUGUGAACUUGAAUACCAUAUAUUUCUUUAAUGAUAGACUCAUGGCCUUCACAUUUAAGUAUAUUUUAUAUUGUUACUACCAAAGAAAUCAC